UUUCAAUCCAAUUGCUGGCAUCAGCCAACCCAGCAGAGCCAGCCCCCGACAUUCGCCAGUCUGCUCUCUGCUCAGUCGCUUCCGGAGCGCCGGCUGGCAUCCUUGAUCAGCGCAGCGCACAGCACGAUGGCUGUGGCCCCAGCCUCCCAGAUGUUCCAGCUGCAGCCAUACACGCCGCCGGCCUGGGCCACCAACCUAGCCCUGCUACCCAAGCAGCGAUGCCACCUGGCGCAGCUGCCCACGCCCAUCCACCCCUGGCCUGUGCCAGGCGUGCCGCCCGGCUGCGAGCUGCACAUCAAGCGAGAUGACCUGACCGGCAUGCAGCUGAGCGGCAACAAGGUACGAAAGCUGGAGUUCCUCAUGGCUGAGGCGGUGCAGCGGGGCCACGACAGCAUAAUCACCAUUGGCGGCAUCCAGUCCAACCACGCCCGCGCCACUGCGGUGGCCGCCCGCUACCUGGGGCUCCCCUGCCACCUCAUCCUGCGCAACAGCAAGCACCUUGCCGACUCGGACCCCGGAUUGGUGGGCAACUUGCUCGUGGAGCGGCUCAUUGGAGCCCACAUCUGGCAGGUGACAAAGGAGGAGUAUGGGCGGUAUGGCGGCCCCGCACUGGGCGAGCGCCUGGCGGCGCAGCUGCGGCAGGCGCCCUGGGGCCUCAACCCCUUUGUCAUCCCCGUGGGAGGCAGCAGCUCCAUGGGGGUCUGGGGGUACCUUGAGAUGAUGCGGGAGGUCGAGCAGCAGAUUGUGGGGCAGGGAUUCACCGACAUCGCCAUGGCCUGUGGCAGUGGUGGCACCACUGCGGGCAUCGCCCUGGGCAACCACCUUGGCGGGCUGGGACUGCGAGUGCAUGCCUAUGGCGUAUGUGACGAUCCCGACUAUUUCCACACAUUCUGCGACGGGCUGCUGGAGGGGCUGGGCGCCACGCGGGAUGUGGUGGGGGCCGACUCGGCGGGCAUGUUCAGGGCGGUGCAGGCCAGGGGCGCCGGCUACGCCAUCAGCCGCGAGGAUGAGCUGCAGGCGGUGGCGGAUGUGGCCGCCGCCACGGGGAUCGUGCUCGACCCCGUGUACACGGGCAAGGCGCUGCACGGGCUGCUGACGGAGAUGAGGGAGCGGCCCGAGGAGUGGCGGGGCCGCAAGGUGCUGUUUGUGCACACGGGCGGCCUGCUGGGAAUGUACGAGAAGGUGGCGCAGCUGCAGCCGCUGGUCGAGGCGCGCGGGGCGGCGCACCGACUGCAGCUGGACGACUGAGGCAGCGGCCGACGUGACAGCUCAGCUGCUCCCAGGAUCGCCCCCCCCCAUGUUUCCCCUCUUAUGUUUGCCUUCAAAUGAGCGUCGGCAUGUCGCACGUUGACAUCCACCACAACUUGACCUGCAGUGAAUGCGAAGCCUCUUCACCAUUAUGCUGUUGGAUGCACGCGAUAUGCAUGCGGAUCGCCCGAC